CAGAAGCUGUGUCCGUGUCACUGUGUGUUCAAUAAGUAGGGUAUUGUUGCUUGGUGAUUGUCAAUAGCAGCUCUUUUUUAUCCCUUUUCACACAUUUCAUGGGGUACCCAGAUAAUGUGCUCUGAAGGGAGCUAGGCAAUUUGAGUUUUGGGGGUUUUGAUAGCUUUGAGGGUUUGGGGUUUUUCAGGAUUUUUGAGAAUGCCUAUGUUUCAGUCCUCAAAGAGAGAUGGGGUUGUUGGGUUUGAUGGGGGUGGAGAUGGGCAUGUUCUAGAUUUGGACACAGCUGUGAAAGACGGGGUUUUGGGUGGUGUUGGUGUUGGUGAGGUUUUGGGAGCUGCUGGUGGUGAGAAGUUGGAUCUGAGGAAGAUGAUUGAGGAGCUUGACUUGUCUGAGGUCCCUUCUGUGUUUAUCUGCCCAAUUUCUCUUGAGCCAAUGCAAGACCCUGUGACCCUUUGCACUGGGCAAACAUAUGAGAAGUCCAACAUUCUCAUGUGGUUCAAUUUCGGGCAUCUCACAUGUCCAACCACAGUGCAGGAGCUUUGGAAUGAUACCAUGACCCCGAAUAGCACCCUUUACCAUCUAAUCUACUCCUGGUUUUCUCAGAAGUAUCGGCUCAUGAAGAAGAAGUCGGAAGAUGUUCAGGGAAGGGCUGCAGAGCUUGUGGAGAUGCUGAAGAAGGUGAAGGGUCAAGCUAGGGUGCAAGCCCUCAAGGAAUUGCAUCAAGAUGUGGCAGCUCAUGCCAAUGCUAGGAAGACAUUGAUUGAGAAAGGUGGGAUUGCUGUAGUUUUGUCUCUGCUAGGUCCAUUUACUUCACAUGUUGUAGGUUCGGUAGCCAUUUCAAUUCUUGUGAAUUUGUCACUUGGUUCGGAGUCCAAAACGAAUUUGAUGCAACCGGCAAAGAUUUCGUUGAUAGUGGACAUUUUGAAUGAGGGGUCAAUUGAGACAAAAAUUAAUUGUACCCUGUUGAUCAAAAUGUUGAUAGACGAGAAGAAUUUUCGAUCAGAAAUUGUUUCAAGCCAUAGCCUCCUGGUUGGAAUAAUGAGGUUGGUUAAAGAUAAGAGACAUACAGUUGGAGUCUUGCCAGGACUGAGUCUCGUAAAAGCAAUAUGCUUGCAUGAGGAAGCGAGGGCCUUGAUAGUGAGCAUUGGAGCUGUAUCACAAUUGGUUGAAAGUUUGUCGUCUCUUGACCACGAAUGUGUAGAAUUAGCCCUUUUCAUUUUAGAUGCAUUGUCGUCUCUACCGGAGGGAGUAUUAGCAUUGAAAGAUUGUUCAAAGACGAUACCAAAUAUGGUCAGGCUUCUGAUGAGAAUUUCAGAGAGUUGUACUCAGUAUGCAUUGUCAAUUUUAUUGUCUAUAUGUAAACUUGCCCCUGAAGAAUGCUCCUCAGUUGCCCUGGAUGCCGGUCUAGCAGGGAAGCUCCUUUUGGUGAUCCAAAGUUGUACUGAUCCUCUUUUGAAGCUGCAGUCCUCAGAGCUAUUGAAGUUGUGUAGUCUAAAUUAUUCUGAUACAAUGUUCAUUUCUAAGUUCAAGCUUUCAAGAACAAUUCAAUGACAGCAAAACUACCAUGGUUUGAAGAGCACCCCACGCCUUUGAUGUUUAAUAUGUGCCUGGCCAUAGCAUGCAGAGGAUUUCAGAAUUCAGAUGAAUCCAAUAUCUGCAAUAAGCCGAUGGGGGUUUGAUGAACUAACCAGCUCCCCUGUAAAUAUUUCAAGGUAAUGUGUUUUUCCAACACUCGACUCAACAUUCAUGAAGAAGAAGACUCAUGAUGUAGACCUCACUCAUCAUGUUAAUUAGUUGUUGGAUUAAAAUAACUUGUUAGGAAGAAAUGUUGCUUCUAAUGUAUGGAGCUUGCUCUUAAAAUUGUAAUUGUUAAGAAAUUGCUUUGCUCCCCUGUUUGUUCUGCACUUCUCCUUUAGGUAGCUCCCAGUUUUCUGUUGGUUUUUUUUCCUUAGUGGGAGUUUUUGUUUUUGACCCACUAACUGUAGA